GCCAUUCACAAAGAAGGCAUGCUCCCGUCGGUGCAUUGGACCAUAGAAAGAGUCAUUGCUGUGGGUAUGUUGCCUCUAUACCCCAUUGCCUUGUAUGUGGAUGGUCCAAUAAUGAACUUGAUUCUGGCCAGCGCAGUCACCAUGCAUGCUUACUGGGGUCUAGACGGAGUAAUAAAAGAUUAUGCUUUUGAACGCCGUUAUGGACCUGCUCUAAUGCCUAUUCUUCAGACUUUCUGGAAAGCCUUUUGUGCUGUCGGUUUUGCCGGUCUGCUUUACUUCAACUACAACGAUGUGGGUUUCAUCACUGGAGUGAAGAAGCUAUGGGCUCUAUGAAUUUGAACUGAUGCUUACCGGCUACACCUAACUCUUCCGGUAUAGUCCUUCAUCUGGCAUUGUAAUAGAUGUAUUGGCUUGUUGUUUCGACUGUCUACGAUAAUUACUUCUAUAAUACCGAUUUCAUUUUGCUAUAACCUAUUCUUCUCAGCUGUUACUUCCUUUUUGUGUUGAAGUUCGGGUGGGUUCAGGGUCUAUUCUCCAGGUGCUAACUAGGAAAUGCACCAAUCAUACGGCCAAUCUAUCGUGCGCUUACCUGCCCUGUUUCUAUGCUUUCCUUUUGGGGCUGCCAUUUCCGUCUCAUUCAUUUGACGUUAUGCAAUAGUGGUGUUUGUGAAUUGCUUAAUAAGCGCACCCGUUGAUUUGCACAACGGUUUUCAGUAAAUUAUACUUUUUCUGUCGUUGAAAUUGCUCUUCAGAUUUGCUUAAUAUACC